AUGGCCAUCGACACCUACGGCUUCAAGGCGCCGCGCUUCCGCAAGUUCCUUAACCAUCUCGCCGAUCACGGUGCGAGCCGUACUGUCCCCGCCGGCGACACCGCCUCCGAUGCCGCGGCCGAGGCCACGCUCUCCGCCAUCGCGAGGAGCAAAAGCUACUGGAAACGACGCAUCAUGGGCCAAAUCUCCGUCGCGCUCGUAUCCGACAUCGGGAAUCGCGUCGCUGGCGCGCCCAUCUCGUACGCGCUCAGAACCGCACGUGACUCUGAAAACUUCCACGCGUGCGCGGCAGCGCAAAUCCUCUUCAUGGAGCCCGACACAGCUUGCGAUUUCCACGUCGCCCCGGCUCGUCCGUGUGCUCGUGAGGCUCACACGGGUCUCAGGAAUCCCAUCGUGGGGUUGCUUACUGCGUGA